CGGGAGGGUUGCAGUGCUGGGAUUACUGCGACUGCGACCGGUGGGACGUCACCUGCUCAGAGCACCGUGGGGCCAGCGGACCUCAGAGCCAGGCUCUCCGCGAUGGGCUCCCUAGUGGCGGCGGUCUGGAGGGUGCUCCAUCCCAGCUCUCUCCUGCUGGGUGCGGUCGUCUUCCUGCUCCUUGCCAACUUCUUCAAAAACCGGCUCCCAAAGAACUACCCACCCGGGCCCGCGCGGCUGCCCCUCCUUGGGAACUUCUUCCAACUGGACUAUAAGCAGCCGCACCUGUCCGUUCAGAAGUAUGUGAAGAAAUAUGGGAACCUUUUUAGCAUGGAGAUUGGUGCCUGGUCUUCAGUUAUAGUAACUGGAUUGCCCUUAAUCAAAGAAGCCCUUGUCCACCAGGGUCACAACAUUUUGGACCGUCCCAUGUCCCCUGUUCGAAAACGGAUCUUUAAGACAAAUGGCUUAAUCAUGUCCAAUGGCCAGGAAUGGAAGGAGCAGAGAAGGUUCACCCUGACAACACUGAGGAACUUUGGUUUAGGAAGAAAGAGCUUAGAGGAACGCAUGCAGGAAGAGGCCUACCACCUCAACCAGGCGAUAGAAGAGGAGAACGGACAGCCUUUUAACCCUCACUUCAAGAUCAACAAUGCAGUUUCCAACAUCAUUUGCUCCAUCACCUUUGGGGAGCGCUUUGAGUACCAGGAUAGUCAGUUCCAAGAAAUGCUGAGGUUGCUGGAUGAUAUCAUAGGUAUGGAGGUGUCAGUGUGGACCCAGCAUAAGGGUGAUGAUGCUUCCAGUUUCAAUGAGGAAAACCUCAUCUUCAGUACCCUGGACCUCUUCUUUGCUGGAACCGAGACAACUUCGACGACGCUGCGCUGGGGUCUGCUUUACAUGGCCCUCAACCCAGAAAUCCAAGAAAAAGUGCAAGCUGAGAUCGACAGAGUGAUUGGCCAGUCGCAGCAGCCGAGCACGGAUGCUCGGGAGCUCAUGCCCUACACCAAUGCCGUCAUCCACGAGGUGCAGAGAAUGGGAAAUAUCAUCCCCCUGAAUGUGCCCAGGGAAGUAAACAAUGCCACCACCCUGGCUGGAUACCACCUGCCCAAGGGGACCAUGGUCAUAACCAAUCUGACCGCACUGCACAGGGACCCUGAAGAGUGGGCCACCCCCAACACAUUCAAUCCGGAGCAUUUUCUGGAGAAUGGACAGUUGAAGAAAAGGGACGCCUUUAUGCCUUUCUCAAUAGGAAAGCGGGUAUGCCUCGGAGAACAGUUGGCCAAGGCUGAGCUGUUCAUUUUCUUCACCUCCCUUUUGCAAAAAUUUACCUUUAAGCCCCCAGACAACGAGAAGCUGAGCUUGGAGUUCAGAAUGGGUGUCACCAUCUCCCCAGUAGACCACCGUCUCCGUGCAGUUCCUCGGGCAUGAGGACAUUGGGGGAAGAGGGGUAAGGGAAAGCAGGAAGAAUGGGCAUGUCCUCCAAAGGCACGGGGCCUGUGCAGAAGGGAGGACCAGAGUGGAAACUGGAUUCAAAUUCAGUUUUAUCUCCUGCAAUGUAGCCUUGAGCAAAUCAUGUAUUUCUAGAAAACACUCCCAAAGAUAUUCUUAGAAUAAAACCAAUCACAUCAGACCUUGAACUUCCUAAAUA